GGUCUCAGCAGGAGCAGGAGGAACAGAACGGAGCACCGGGUGGGGAGAAGGGGAAGAGACAGGGCAGAAUCACGAGAGAAGGAGAGAGGGCGACUGUCGACUCACGUAUUCAGUAUUCGAUGCACUGUCGUGCGGUGUCCGUCGUGUCGUGUCGCGGAUGGAUAACCGAAAUUGAUCGCGACGUUGAUCGGCCGCUCGAGAACAUCAUUUUCAGGAUUACUCGUCAGAUAGAGAGAUAUCACACUUCCGUUAUCCGACAUUUUAUUUAAACCGAAAAAGCCUCGUUAAAUCUCCAUUCCCUCGUUUCUUCGAGCGCUCUCGACGCGUAGAUCAUUGUCCUUGGGGAUCCUUGAGGGGACCGCGCCACCGCAAGGACAUCUGGACGUCCUUCCGCUCGGCGGAACGGACCCUCGGUCGUUGAUCGAAUUGGAGAGCAACAAGUGGUCGUCGCGCGACGAACGAGGCUGACGCGCCUUUCUCGUUUCUCGUCGCCCUGAAGAAGAAGAAGAAGAAGAAAAAGAAAAAAAAAAGAAAAAGCCAGGGACUCUCGGCGCGCCGAGGAAAGUGGCUCGAGGCCACUCGCUUCGAAUCUUCGAAUUCCUUGGCGAGCGCGAGCCACACGAUGCGGCUCCGAUCGUCCAUGUCGCGUAACGUCGCUAUCUCGCGGAAUCUCAAAGGAAUAUCUUGAAGAAUUUUGAACAAAAAGAGAGUUAAAAAAAAAAAAAAACGAAGUUUUUGUUGACCCAAUGAUCUAAGGCAAAUAUGAUGUUUACAAAGAGAUAUCGCUUUGCUUUAAACGUGGCGAAGAAACCGAGCGCAUGAGAAGAGAUACGCUUCUGAAGUACAUCCUUGAAGACGAAAUUAGAGUUUCGCGCAAGGAAUAUACGAGAGCCGAGAGCAUUAAUAGCUGAGUUUUAAAUUCUAUCAAUUCGAGACUGUUUUAACAAGAAAUGGAACUUGUGAUUUGUUGUUUACAAUUUCUUUUAGAUGAAGUACUAUUUAAAGAACUCUGAUAACUGGCGCCGUUUCAGCAAAGUUGUUCUCAUUCUCCGGAAUCAAUUUUUCGUAUAAUCUCUUACUCGUUUCCCGGGUAUUUAGUCAAAAGACAGUUCUUUUAUCAGUGCCCGGUUCGUGAAGGUUGGGAAUAAUUCGCGUUCGUGACCUAGCGACGAUUAUGUACGAUCGGUCGUAACCGGAGGAGGUGCGACAGGAUGAUGACAGUCAUGCGAACGCGCUUCUCGGUCGAGUGUUUCAAGUGGCCGCUAACGGGAACGGCCGACGAUGUCGUCGUCCGUUGAUGACAAGGAUUCGCAUCCCAGGCAUUCUUAGACAUUUCGAAGAAAAACCAAUUGUUUCCGCUUAACAUUUCUCUGAAACUCUCUUGAGUUUCAGUCUCAUCAACGAGAAACAUUAUUAUUCGAGAAUCCGCAGUGACCAGUCGAGUGACCAUGAUGAAGUUCAAAUCGCUGUUUCGCAGAGGACAGCCCAGCAGUCAUCAGCAAUCGGCGCAGCAGCAGCAGCAGCAAUCGGCAUCGCUGCGCCCGGCGCCGAGCGCCUCCUCGCUGGAGGCGAAGAACGACGUCUCGCCGGUCGGAAACAACUGGGCCGGCUCCGUGGCGAAUAAGGAGCCGGUCAGGACCAAGGCGACGUCGCCGGCGAAGGGCCCGGCCAAGGUCUCCAGGAUGCAAGAGCUGGAACGAGAGAUUGAAGUUUUGCGCAAGGAUCGCGCACGCCUCGAAGCCAAUCUGCGCGACGCGGCUACCGACGCUCAGACUUUGCGCGAGCUACGCGCCGAACUCGCCGCCCUCAAGGAGCAGCACAGUUUGGAGCUGGAACGUCUUACCGAAGAGAACGAGGUUCUUUGCGCUCGUCUCAGGGACGUGGCUCAUUCUCCGCUGUCGGACACGGAGAAGCAACAGCUGCUGCUGGACGCUUCGAGGCUUCACAACUCCGCCCCAGCUUCAAUCGCCAUCCCUCAGGAUGAAAGUCCCGCGAUUAACGUCAGCACACCUCAGGAGGGAGCUCAAUGCACAACGCCAGACUGGGACAAAUACUCCUCCAGCUCGAUCAGGUCGGAGGUCUCGGUGGCGUGCUUGCAAGACAGAAUCUUGCAAAUGGAGGAAACGCAUUAUUCCACAAACGAAGAAUUGCAGGCUACUAUUCAAGAAUUGAGUGACUUGCAGGCGCAAGUGACGGAGUUGCAAGCUGAUAACGAAAGAUUGACCGAGGAAAAAGGUGUUCUCUUGGAGUCACUAUGUCGCCAAACGGAGAAGCUAGAAGACUCUCGAUCCAAAGUCGAUACUCUACAAGGGCUACUCCUGAGAGAAGAGCAGCCACAGGAGAUGUCCAAAGGCUACAACACAGAGAGAGAACAGAAACUGGUGGAUCUUUUAAAAAGCGCGCAGGAGGAACGAGAAGCUCUGCUUCAAAAGCAAGAGGAGCUGACCUGCGAACUGAAGAAUUUGCGAGCGACUGCCGACGCUAGCGCGGCGGAAGCCCAACGACUAGCCAAGUGCGUUGAGUUGCUGGAAGCGUCAAUGAACGUCACGAUUGUCGAGCGGAAGCAGCUCGAUAAGGAAUUGGCAGAAACUCGGCAGGAAGUUGCAAAUCGUAGCAUAGAGAUCAGCAGGCUGGCAAUUCUAUUGGAGAACGCUCGGGCAAAGAUCGAAGAAACGGAACAGUCUAGACAACCGGAGAACAAGAGCAAGGCGGACGAGUUGUUGGACGCGGCCAGACGCGAGAAAGACACACUGGAGACGCAGGCGGCCGCGUUGCAGGAACAAUUGGCACGUUCACACUGCGAUCGCGAUCGAUGGAGGGAUCAGUACUCGCAGCUUCAGGAAGAAUAUAAAGUGGCUCAAAACAACGCAAAAUCUGCCAUAGAUGACUUGGAGUACAGACUGAAUCAACUGAAGGACGAGCGGCUGUCUGUGAGCACAGAGCUGCAACUCGUCCGGGACUCUCUGGCGGAAUUGCAGGCGCAGUGCCAACGGCACUUGGAGGACAAGCGGGAACUCAAGGUCGCGCUGAGCGAAACGCAACAAAAGGAAAGGGAGGCGCAAACGCGUAUGUACGAGCUUGAGUGCGCGUUGGCCGACGAACGUAAAUUGCGGCAGGACGAGAGCGCGGAAUGGGAACAAUUCCAGACCGAUCUGCUGAUGACGGUGCGAGUCGCCAAUGACUUCAAAACCGAGGCUCAGAGCGAGCUCGAGCGCGUCGUCAUGGAAAACAAGGCGCAAAGAGACAAGCUCCGAGCGCUCGAGGCGCAGCUCGAUAAACUGAACAAAGACAGCACUGCAGUGAAUAGCUGCAAAGCGUUCGAUACCACUAACGGGAAUAAGCUGAAAACGGGGAGCGUGAUAUUAAAGCGUGGUCGGACGAUUCUAAAAAGACGUUACGAUCUGAUAAAACACGUAUCGCGAAACAGCUUGUUGAAAACGACGAUGGACGAUCGAGAAAACGUAAGUGUCGUCGCUUUUUCGAGCGAAAAGAAACACGAUUUGUUGCCGGACGACAACAACGAUUUGGCGCUUAAAAAAAAAGCCAUCACGUUGGACGAGAAACUGAUUUCCGGCGAAGAGAUCGAAUUUUGUCCCAACUUUCGCAUCGAAAAACCUCGUGCCUCGGAUGAGGCGGACGAACGUGAUUCAGCGACUCGAAGUUCAAGACAGUCGAAAUCGUCGGGAAGCGAGUCCUCCAAGUUCUAUCUGUUCUCGAAUGAAUCGGAUAACGUUUUCAAUUCGAGCGACGCAUUCUCAACGAUCGCGGACGAUUAUCCGAAACUGUACGUCACCGUUGCAAGAACGUCGGACAAGGACGAAGCGAAGAGUUCGUUGUUGAAAGAGAUUCGCGGUAUACAAAACGCCGACGGGGAUUCUUACGGCAUUGAUAUCUCCAACAGUCGUUUCUUCGUACCGAGAGAUUACAUAUUUUCCGGCGUGGAGUGCGUUAUGAACGAUCUGAAGUUCGAGGUCGAUCCGGAGAUGGGGAAACUGUUGCAAAGAAGUUACAGCAGUCCGAGCACGAGUCAAUCGUCACCCAAUUUGGUCGACGUCGAGUCGUCAGACGCGACGACGAAGCAACGCGGGAAUUCGAGAUACGUGAAAGCGCUUUCGGAUCCGCCCCUGACAUUGAGAGAACACAGCGAACGAAGGCAGAGAUUUUUGAAGAAGCGCGACUCGAAACCGCGUCGCGAGAUAGUCGACUUGCCAUUGAACGCGACAACCCCGCAAUCGUCCGCGGUAUCGCGAACUGGUCGAAAUCACGCGGAAUCGUCGUUGGACGACAAAUCCGAACAGUCGCGUGGGACGAGAUGCGAUAAAUCUUCGUCUACGUUAAAAGAUGCGGAAGGGAAAACAUUGCGCGGUAACUGGGUGUGGACGGCGAAGCAGGUUAUCAUCGACGAUGACGAAACCGCGGUUGAAUCUUUGUUGUCGAAAUGUGAUCGAGAAAAAAACGCGUUUAAAGAUUCGAAGAUACUCGGCUCGUCCAGCGAGAGUCAUGUCGUUACGAAGUCACCGAGAUUCGAGAAGAAUGUAAAUGGUUCCAGUUCCAAAGGUGCAAUUUCAACCGCGUUAAACGCUUCGUUGGGCAGACGAAAGUCGUAUCCGUUGUCACCGAAACCGUCGGAGCGUCGAGUUUCGACCAAAUCGGAACAUCCGAUCUCGGUUGAUUCAUCAUCGCUCGCGUCAUCGAGAAAAGCGAGAUAUUCGAAUCAAGAGUUGGAUCGGCAAUCGACGUGGUCGAGAUCGAGCGAGACGAAUCGAUCGAAUCGCAUGAAAUUCUUGCAGAGUAGUUUACAGGCCGCGAGCGAGGACGAUUCUCCUCGAGUCGAGGAGACGGUUCCUUUCUCGACAAGCGAAGAAUCGAGAUCGUCGUCGCCAAGUGUCGCGAGCUCCGUUCGCAAAGACGAAACUACUCCGUCAGUGGGUCGAACGUCGUCGUUGAGAGAAAAGUUUGAAACGAUCGUAGAAGACGUGGAAUUGAGGAUGGCGCCGGGUCGGCGCUUGUUGCAAACAAGCAAUUAUCUCGAGCCCAACCAGAAACAACAACCGACUUCGAGACCAGCCAGCACACCGACGGAAACGCAACAAUCCGUGUUAACGAGCGUGCAGCAGGAGAUCGCUGCUCGUAGAAAGGCCAACAUCUCGCGUCAGGACUCGAGGCUUUCCGUGAAGUGUUUGAUCGAGAGUAUCGAGAACGCCACGAAACAAGCUAAAGCUGGACCCGGAAGCCGUAGCAGUUCCACAUCGUCUCUGAAUUCGAUCGGAACGACGGACAUCAUGUCCUUGAAGGCUCCUCUGAGAGACCAGCAGCAAAUAAACAAUUUGAUCUGCACGGCAAAUUCGACGAACAACAACAAGACGCAGUCGUCGAUCGCGAAGAAACCGGUGUCAGAGACUAAGUCGACACCCGUCGUUCUGAGUCCGGGCGAGCUGUUAGACCCGAGCGCUCUGAACGCCAAGGCGAUUGACUUCGUGCGACGGAACAGCGUGACAGAUCUGUCGGAACGCAAGGAUCCUCUGUGCGGUUUGGUGAAGAACGGCGGGUCCAAGCGCAACGCUUUGCUCAAGUGGUGUCAAAAUAAGACAAUAGGCUAUAGAAAUAUCGAUAUAACGAACUUCAGCAGUUCGUGGAACGACGGCUUGGCGCUGUGCGCGAUUCUUCAUUCCUACAUGCCACACAAAAUACCGUACGAUACGUUGACGCCGGUCGAGAAGCGGCGAAACUUCUCGAUCGCCUUUGCUGCCGCCGAGAGCGUUGGCAUAUCCACUACUCUGAACAUCGGGGAAAUGUGUCAACUGGAGCGACCCGAUUGGCAGCAAGUUAUGACGUACGUGACGAGUAUUUACAAACACUUCGAAACGUAACUGAUCAUACCGUCCCACUGAUCGUAUCGUCGGUGAAACUAAAGCACGUCCUACUACUGUGUAGUAUCCAUCAAAUGCUCUUGAAAUCGCGAACAAAAACAGGACGUAGAAGAACAACAACAGCAUCUAGUCAGGCAAGUUGUAUAGAACAAAGAGACACGCAGCAAGAACGUCCGAAAUGAUUAUUUCCUAACUUUGUUGUAUGCGCUGUAUAUAUAGUUUUGUAAAAUGUAUGGCUGCUGAAACAUAUACGCAGAGAUACUUCAUCGGAAGAUUCAAACACCAAAUGGAAUUGUUGUUACUAUGAGACUGAAAAUUAUACAUAUACUUACAUACACACAAUCAUACAUGUAUGUGGCUGCUUCGCGUAGAAACUUUUUUGUCUCGAAACGAAUAUAGAAAGCUAUAAAGAAAUAACCGCAGUCUUUUGCAAGGCGAAAGUUCGUUACAACCGCGUACAAAGUUUAGCGUUUGUGCGUUUGUGCGUGCGCGAAGAGUACGCACACGCACAUCGACUCCGCAUCCACUAGUUUUUCGCGCCGUUUUUCAGAAAGAAGAGUGAUUGCGAAUUAAGAAGAAAAAAAAAAAAAUAAAUAAUAAAUAUUUGCGUUCCUCGCGAGUAUUUUUGUACAGGUAUUAUUUUUCGAGAGACUUUUUCGUAGUGUUUUAAGAUACAAAUGUACAGAACAAAGCGCCUUAAUUUAAGAGAUUCUAUUUAUUACAAUCAGUCGCAUUUAAGUCGCUCGCCUGCCCGAGAGAGCGGAGAGAGUUCGCGAAGAGAAGAGGGGAUUGUUUUUACGUUUCUGCUUUGCAGUUGACGAAGAGGAAAAGAAAAAGAGAGAGGUUAAGUUUUCUCUGUGAUAUAGCAAGAUAUAGCCUCGAGACGGAUACAUAAAUGUUAUACUGCGUUAUUGGUAUUACUAUAUAUUACACUAUUGUCGCUAUAUAUAUAUUAUAAAAUAUCGUCCUCACACAUCUCUCGUCGUUGUUGUAUCAUUAUGUAGACUAUAUAAAUAUAUAUAUAUAGAUAUAUCGCUGUCCGAUGUAAAACAAUAAAUUCGCCUAAUGAAUAUUUAAGAUAUUAAGUUUUUCGUAAUUAAGAAAUAAAUUUUAAACAAGUAGCACACAAUAAAUUCAUCAACAUCGUAUCUUCCAACCUUAUCGCUCCAUCUCGCGAUAUUGUAUGCGUAAGAUCAAACACGGGAGAAGAGACGUUGAUGCUUUAGUUUAUUUAUUCAAGAUUGUAUAUUACAGCGGUAAAAAAAAUAUAUUUUAUCAGUAUUU